AGGAGCUGUGGUGUUAGCUGCAGAUCCUGUAAGUUCUGUAAGUUGCAAGGUGGAGUCUCCCUGGAUCGGACUUUUUUUUGUCAUAUCUCAUAGAUGCUCGACUUGAUUUAGACCUUGGGAAUUUGAAGGCUUGAUCAUCGCCUCAGGCUCAUUUAAGCAGGAUAACGACCCUGCAAUUAGACACAAAAUUGUACUUGCUGUCCAAUUGGUUCCACCCACUGGGAGCUGAAGAAUGGAGGCGGUUCUGACCAGGCUGAAGGGGCUGAGCGCCGCCGAGCUGUCCGAGGAGUUCGUCAGAGCAGACCUGAAGUGUGGUCCCAUCACAUCAACGACCCGAGCCACCUACGAGAGGAAGCUAGCCCGAGUUCUGGCCGGACAAGAGGGAGCUGCUGCCGCUGAAACGGACAGCAGCUGUUCAUCCCAGGUCACAGACAGCGCCGCCAGUUUCUCCAAACCUGCGGCAGGUGCCACCUCAGCAGUUUCACUCGAGUCCGUUGCAGCCAGCAGCAGCAGCACCUCUCAGAGAAAUGGUGAAGAUUUAGACUUUGGAUAUGGUGUGGGUCUAAACCCUCCCGAUGAAGAGGAGAUCUCAGGAAAGUCUGAUUUUAACAGCUCGGCCGACUGUAGCAGCUCUCAGUUCAAAGCAGAAACCCCUUCAAAGCCAGCACAAGCAUCUCCGAUGUUUUAUUAUGGAGUUUGUCCGCUGUGGGAGGACGUGUUGGCACGAACCGAGGGAGCACAUGUUUACACGGAUAAGAAAGACGCACUUCAAGCGGUAAAGACCAUGAAGGGCGCACGCUUCAAAGCCUUUACCAGCCGGGAAGACGCAGAGAGGUUCUCCAAGGGACUCUGUGACUACUGCCCAUCUCCCAGCAAGUCCACACCCUGCAUCUCGCCCAUCAAACCCGGACUAGUCGUCGGGAAAGAACACGUGGAGGUGGACACCAUCAACAGGGAAAAGGCCAACAGUUUUAAAAGCCCGAGGAGUCAGGACCUGACAGCCAAGCUCCGGAAAGCCGUGGAGAAGGGGGACGAGCAAGCCUUCAGCGAGCUCGUCUGGAACAACCCGCGCUACCUGAUCGGCUCGGGGGAUAAUCCCACUGUUGUCCAGGAGGGCUGCCGGUACAACGUGAUGCACGUGGCGGCCAAGGAAAACCAGGCGGGGAUCGCUCAGCUGCUACUGGACACCCUGGAAAACCCCGAGUUCAUGCACCUCAUGUACCCAGACGACCAGGAGGUCAUGCUGCAGAAACGAAUCCGCUACAUUGUAGAUCUUUACCUCAACACUCCAGAUAAGGCUAGCUUUGAAACGCCGCUCCACUUUGCCUGUAAGUUCGGAUGUCCGGAUGUGGUCAACGUCCUCUGCUCGCACCCCGACAUCGAUAAGAACUGCAAGAACCGGGACGGCCAGAAGCCCUCUGACCUUAUUUGUAGCAGGAAAAAUAAAACCGCAGAGGUGAAACAGAGAAUAAGUGACUACUUGGAGGACCGCUGCUAUAUUCCCUUACUGAGGGCGACCGACAACACCUCUCAGCCCAUCAUCGGUGCUUCCUGGUCGCCAGAGUCCUCGGAGAGCCUCUCUCUGAUCCAGCGACACACAAGGAGCCCCACGGAUCCUUGGAUGACAGUCACAGCCUUCGCCGGCCCACUUAGCCCCUCUAAAGCGGAUGAUUUUCGUCGGUCCUGGAAGACGCCACCGAGAGAACGGGCUGAGUUCUUCCACCACAUUCUUAAGUCCGACCCGGACAGAGGGGCUGAGAGAGUGGGCAGAGACCUGGCUCAUGAGCUGGGGCACCCCUGGGCUGAGUAUUGGGGCUUCCUGGACUGUUUUGUGGAUCUGUCCUCCACCGAGGGGCUCCGUAAGCUGGAGGAGUAUCUGAGCAAGAAGGAUUUUAAUCACAGGGCUCAUGAAGGGGCGGGGCCAAACGAGACCAGCAACAGGUUCAAAACUCCCUCACCAGGCAAGCCCAAAAAAUUCUGCAACUCCAUUUCAGUCGGUGCCUUCCUGGACGAGGGCGACGACAUCAGCCUGGAGGAGAUAAAGAACCGUCAAAACGCGGCGCUUUCCAGCAUCACCUCCUCCGCCGCGUCCAAAGACACCUUGAAGGGCUCCGUGGGCGGCCGGGAGUUCCACAUCGCGCUGCGCCACCGCGGCGCCGACCUGAUCGAGAACGCCGCCGAGCGGGACCUGCUGUGCUGCUGCGACGACGGCCUCCUGUCGCCCGGCGUCGUCUGCAAAACUGGAGCGUGCUCCUCCUCUUCCUCGUCCAGGGAUAGAACUCACAAUGGAGAAAAGGCAUCCCCGCGUGGCUCUCCGUCCUCCUCCUGCAUGCUGUCGCCCAUCUCCAACCUGAUGGCGGAGUUCGAGCGCAUGUCGCUCCACGAGCCCGCGGACAGCCCCACCGGCUACCGCGAGCGGCGGAGCGGCAGCAGGAACCGGCACAAGGACGGCCGCAACUCAUGCAGCUCCUUCUCGGCCACGGACCUCAGCUCAGGCCUGAACCGCCUGUCGCUCCGGCAGGAUGGCAGGGACCGGGCGGAGAGCAGCAGCAGCGGGAGCUCAGACGAAUACUUAACCGCCGAGGAGAGUCUGGAGUCGCUGGGGAGGACUAGAGGGUCAGCGUCUGGGGUGCGCAACUUCUGCGCGAGAUCCAAGUCGUGGGACCACGGAGGCCGGGACCUGAGCAGCUCCAGCUCCUCGGGGUCCUCGUAUAAGUCUCUAGAUAACUCCCAUGAGUUCCUACCCAGGACCCCGCCGCACUUUAGGAGAGGACUUUUUAUCGAGGGGGACUCGCCCACCAAGCUGGACAGCGAGGUCAUGUCAGCGUUGCGGGACACUGAUAUCGAUCCACAGAAGUAUCCCAGUGUGCAUAAAUGGAAGAGCACAAUGAAGUCAUACUCUCCAUCCGACAUGCAGAGCUGGCCAAGCCCUGUCGUGAAACCCCGACUCAGGAUGCAGCAGCAGCAGCAGACCCCCGGUUCUCCCGGCAGCGGCCUGAUGUCUCCCACCGGUCGCUUCAGUCCAAUCCGCCACGCUGCCUCGCCAGACUUUAGCCCCAGCCGGUACAGCCCUGCCAAUGUCAGCUACAUCCAACGCCUCCGCUUCAAGCACCUGAGUGAGCCACUAUUCUAAACUGCCCCCCUCUCUCUUCCUCACUUCUACCACUACACAACACACACACACACACACACACACGGACACACACGGACACACACGGACACCCGCCCUCCACCCCAGCUACACCCAGGUCACAACACCCAGAGCUCAGAAACCACCAAACCUGACUGAAAUAUGCACAAGUGUCUGGAAGAUUUGUAUCAAUCGAUAUAUGGUACUACUAAUGUAAAACAGGAAUUCUCAUCAACAUUAGACUGUAAAAAAAAAAAAAAAGAAAAAAUGGAGCAUCUGAAAUGUUUGUUGACGUACUGUAUGGAUGUGGAACUAUGUCGAAAUUCAUGAAAACGUGUUCGUGGCAACUGUGAAAACACCUCUGAUCAUAGCCGGAGUCCACUUUUUCUUUCAAUAUAAUUUUUUUUGGGGAAUAUUGUGAACACAUGCCACACUUCUCCCCCCUU